GUCCAGGCAUGCCCUGGCGAGGUUUGUGCUGCCUACGACUGAGGCUGACAUCAAGGAUUGGAAAACGGAUGAGGAGAAAAAGGCGGACGCUGAGAAGGACAGGAAGGAGAAACAGGAGAAGGAAAGGGAGAAUGCUGAAAAGAAGAAACAGGAGCGCGAGAAGGAGACAAAUUCAGCGGAUGAGAAACGAGGGAACGACGAAGAGACGGAAGAUAACAAGGAGUCUGGAGGCGACGAGGACAAGGCGAAGGACGGCGAAAAGGAAAAGAAGGAACAAAAAGAGCAAGAGCAUAAGCCCAGGAACAAAGAGGAGGAAGAGUUCAUCAACCAUAUCAUCGAGGAAGAGAAACACAUGUCGGCUCUGAGAAACCAUGACGGGAUUGUAGUCGAGCCCACGCCUCCGGAUAACCUCGAGAUGUACAUCGCAGAAGAUGAUCAGUUCAUCCCAGAUAACUGGAUUCCGCGCUCGCCGGCGCUAAUCCGUCUGACGGGAAAGAGUCCACUCAACGCGGAGCCUCCCCUGAGUAUGCUAUUCGACGCUGGUUUGAUCACUCCGACGAGAUUGCAUUACGUUCGUAGUCACGGUCAGUUACCCAAACUCAACUGGGAGACGCAUACACUGAACGUGUUUUCUGACCCGUCGGACAUCCUGCCGCAUGCCAGGAACUUCAGCAUGGACGAACUGGCUGAAAUGCAAGGAGUCUGUAUCCCCGUUACUAUCGCCUGCGACGGCAAUAGGAGGGCGGAAGUUAACCUGAUCAAGGCUAGUAUAUGCUCUCUAUGUUAUAGCGAAAAAUCCAAAGGAUAUGGCUGGGGUGCCGGGGCGACGAGCUGUGUCUACUGGAAGGGCGUCUUGUUGAGAGACCUGCUCAUUGCGUGCGGAGCACCUGAGAGCCCGCCUCCAGGAAAGAGGUGGUACGUCCACUACGAAGGGGCGGACAACUGCUCCAGCGGACCGUACGGCACGUCAAUCCCCUUCAUGUACGCAAUGGAUAAGACGAACGACGUCAUGCUGGCGUACGAGAUGAACGGGAGGGUGCUGCACCCGGACCAUGGGUACCCGCUGCGCUCGAUUAUUCCCGGAUUUGUCGGGGGACGGGCGGUGAAAUGGUUGAAGAAGGUGUGGAUAAGCGAGGAGGAGAGUAAGAAUUGGUACCAUGUAUGGGAUAAUCGUGUGCUUCCGUCCUUUGUUACGGAGCAGGACAGUCUCUUGGCGAAGGUCUUCUACCAUCACCCGUCCACGGCGUGCUACGAACAGAUCUUGAACAGUGUUAUAUGUCAUCCGGCUCAUGGAGAGCAGAUUAGCCUGGAGCAAGAUACUUAUAAAAUCCAAGGUUACGCAUACGCCGGUGGAGGGACGGAGAUAACGAAAAUGGAAGUGAGUCUGGACGAGGGCAAGACGUGGAGGUACUGCUUCCGUCGGUUCCCUGAUGCGCCGCUCCGCCACGGGCGCAAGUACUGGACUUGGAUGCACUGGUACUGCGAUGUCAAGAUCGAAGACAUGAUCGCGGCGAAGGAGAUUCGGUGUCGAGCUUGGGAUGUUUCGAAGAACACACAGCCUGACCAUAUCACGUGGAAUAUCUCGGGCAUGAUGAACAACUCCAUCUUCGCGGUCCAGUCGACGAUGAUCAGGGACAGAGAGUCAGGGAAACUGGUGCAGAAGUGGAUUCAUCCGACAGUGCCGUUGUCCGACGAUGGGUGGAUGAAGCCUUCGCCCAAUGAGCAGGCGAGGAUCGACGCAGACGAGAAGGCCGCGGAAGGCGGGGACGAUGAUGAACAGUUUACGGUCGAGGAGGUGGCAAAGCAUGCGAGUAAGGAUGAUUGCUGGCUUGUGAUCAACAAUAAAGUGUACGACGUGACGUCCGUAUUAAGCUGGCACCCUGGCGGAGCCAAUGCCAUUCUUCCACAUGCCGGCAAAUGUCAUACGGAGACUACGCUCGAUUAUAACAGUAUCCACGAUGAUUAUGCUAAUCAAAAACGGGAUGAGUGUUACAUCGGGACGCUCACGAAGAAGGGCAUUGAAUUGAUGAAGGAAGAUGCGAAGCGUGCACAAGAAGCUCGGGAAAAGGACGCUCAGGCAAGGGAAGGAUAUCCUAUGCAGAAAUACAGCUGGUGCCCAGUCACCUUGAUCGAGAGAAAAGAGCUGUCCAGUGAUACUAGGCGAUACGUCUUUGAAAUGCCCAAGGGCAAAGACGGGAAGCCCGGUAAGCUUGGUCUGCCCAUCGGCAAUCAUGUGAUCAUAGGAGCGCACUUCAGAGACCAGAUGGUUACUCGUCCAUAUACUCCGACGAGGCCUAUCCUGGCUUCUGAGGAUGAUGGCACGUUUGAGCUAGUCGUGAAGACGUAUUUCCCGGACGAGAAGGGGAAAUUCCCGCCCGGAGGUACCAUCGGAAAUUACCUCGAUUGCAUCAAAGUGGGAGAGCAGAUCGAUGCAAAGGGACCCAUGGGCGAGAUCAUGUAUCUUGGCAAGGGGAAAUUCACGGUCGACGGAAAAGAAUUCCAAUUCAGCAGGAUCAAUCUCCUCGCAGGCGGAUCGGGCAUCACGCCCCAUUACCAGCUUAUACACGCUAUUGUGUACGAUAGAUCGGACGAUACGAAACUCAAGCUAGUCAAUUGCAACAACACGGAAGAUGACAUCCUUCUCUUCGACGAGCUCGAUAAGCUCGCGGAGCAGAGUGACGGUCAAUUUGAGAUCUGGAACGUUCUCAGUCAUCCGAAGAAUGAGAACGAGUGGAAGAAACAUGGAGGUUCGGGGCAUUUUGACGAAAAGCUGAUGAAGGAGAAGAUGUUCGAGCCUGCUAAUGACACAGCCGUGUUCGUCUGCGGGCCUCCGGGUCUCGUGGAGAAGGCAGGAAAGCCGAACUUGGAGAAGUGGGGAUUCAAGGAUGCUGAGACAAUGUUUGGGUGGUAAUGGAUAGCGAAGUCACAGUGGAGGCGGUGGCACUAUUUACCAUUCAUUCGAGAUGGGCGCGGCAUAUUCAUGAUGUGUGUUUGGUGUACAUGCAUAGCGUGAUCACUUUUCGGAGUACGAUCACUUAGUUUGACUUAUGUGCACCCUCGGG